AUGGCUUCUACAUCGUCAUCGACCGCAGUGGCCGCCAUGGCACAGCGCGCAUCGGAUCAAUAUCUUACAUGUCGUCGAAAUGUUACGGCCAAGGUGGAUGAAGUGAAGCUGCUAGAUGAGCAAAUUUCUGCCGCGUUUCAACAGAUUACGGCAUUGUCCGAAGCUCCCGAGGGUCAGGAGGAGCUUUCGGAGGAAGCUAAGGCUGCAAUCAAGAGUGUUGGUCGAUUGGAGGUUACUCUGGCUGGUGUAGAGGGAGAAGAACCCGUACCAAAUGCCAUGAUCACUGUUUCCUUGGACCCAGAAUACGACGCUGACGAGUACGAGACCGUGGAGGAAGUUGUCGAGAAGAAGGACGUCGUUGUGACGGACGAACAUGGAAACGUGGUAGAGGAUGGCCAGGUGUCAGAGAAGGACGAUGAAGGUUCGCCUCGGAAGCUUAAGACGACCACGAAAAUUACUCGCACGAUCAUUAAGAAACGUGUUAAGAAGGAGAAGACGCCGGUGGUCCGAACGAUUCCAUGGACGUCUGGUACAAAGAGUCAAGAAGAUAUGGACAAGACGGAGAUGUUGACCUUCCCUGUUACGUUUGUAUUCGACCCUGUGCAAUCACGCGAGGCUGUCGUGAUUGUUACGGUUGCUGCAGCUGACGAGGAUGAAGAUGAGACCGAGCCGGUAAAGGAGAUUGAGUUUACUGUAUCGUCACUUUUUCACAAUAAUACACUGGAUAGAUGGUACUCGGCUGCGGACGAGGAAGAAGAGGAGGAGCUUACAAGCAUUACGGAGAUCGUGGAAAAGGCUGUGAAGGCGACUAUCAAGGAGGAGGUAGCUGCUGAGGAGACCGAGCAGGUUGAAGAGACCGAUGUUAAGAAGAUUCAGGAUGCCGAAGAUGCGGACACUUUGGCGAAAGUCGAGAAAACAGAUGAAACUGGGAAAAACGAGGAACCCAACAGCACUGCGGACUCCGACAACACCGAGAAGGACGGAAAUACCGAGGAAGCUGUGAAGACUGUGGACACCGAAAAGAAUGAGGAAGCUGCGAAGACUGAGGAUAACGAGAAGAGUGAGGACGGUGAAAAGAUUGAGGAAGCUGCGAAGACUGAGGAUAGCGAGAAGACCGAGGAAGGCGAAAAGCAUGAGACUAUGGAUGAGGUUAAACAGGUUGAAGAUACCGCAAAGGUUGAAUCAGCCGGAGAGGUUGAGGAAAACAAACCGACAGGCAGUCGUUUUCACGUAAAGGCGAAUUUCGUGAUGUCUGAGGCCGAAAAGCUGAGCAUUUCCGUCGUCGCUUUGUCCAAGAAGAAGCAGGAAGCAGAAGCUGCGCUACUUGUGUUGGAGCGCGAGGCUGCAAGUUUGCGCACCAAGUACGAUCGCCUUAACGCAAGCCAGCGUCAGUUGAGCGCAUCCAGCAUUUCCAAGCCAAAGACAAACCUUCUUGGCGGCCGCUUUGGCGUUAGUAGUGUGCCAAUGCAGCGCAAAUCGUGGUACCAAAGCUCCCGCGAACGCACGAACGCGUUCAUUACAAAGCACCAGCACCUUCUUAUUAGCGUUGCCAUGUUCACUGGCAGCGUGUGUCUUUUUCACUUUAACGGUGAGAAUCUGCUAGCUUAA